AUGGCGGCAAGAUUGAUAAAGAAAAUUUUGGAUGGCGAAUUUGGAACGCUGCUGGCGAAAUUUUCCGCCCAACUGAAGGACAAUUGGGUCAAGAUUUACAUAACCUCCUCCACUUCAUCCACGGCAAACACUUCGCAAACCGAUCCGAUAGUUCAAACGGUCGCUCCGUUCGGUGCGCGUACGUUUGCAUCCGGCUCGCGUAAAGUGACACUGAUUCCCGGCGAUGGAAUUGGGCCCGAAAUUUCCGCCGCCGUGCAGAAGAUCUUCGGUGUUGCGAACGUACCGAUUGAGUGGGAAACGGUUGACGUUACUCCGGUGCGGAAUCCCGAUGGCAAGUUUGGCAUUCCUCAGGGAGCGAUCGAUUCGGUAAACCGCAACAAGGUUGGACUGAAGGGACCUCUGAUGACACCGGUCGGCAAGGGACAUCGGUCGCUGAAUCUGGCCCUCCGCAAAGAGUUCAACCUGUACGCGAACGUGCGCCCGUGCCGAAGCCUCGAGGGUUACAAGACGCUGUACGACAACGUGGACGUGGUGACGAUCCGCGAGAACACCGAGGGCGAGUACUCCGGCAUUGAGCACGAGAUCGUGGAUGGUGUGGUGCAGAGCAUUAAGCUCAUCACGGAGGAAGCCUCGAACCGUGUGGCGGAGUAUGCAUUCAAAUAUGCCAAAGACAACAACCGCAAGAAGGUGACGGUCGUGCACAAGGCGAACAUUAUGCGCAUGUCGGACGGUUUGUUCCUGCGCUGCUGUCGCGAUAUGGCCCAGAAGUAUCCGGAGAUUAAAUUCGAGGAGCGUUACCUCGACACGGUCUGCCUGAACAUGGUGCAGGAUCCCAGAAAGUACGAUGUGCUGGUAAUGCCCAACCUGUACGGUGAUAUUCUGUCCGAUAUGUGUGCCGGUCUGGUCGGUGGUCUCGGUCUCACCCCGUCCGGCAACAUGGGCUUGAAUGGUGCGCUGUUCGAAUCGGUUCACGGUACCGCACCGGACAUUGCCGGCAAGGAUCUGGCCAACCCCACUGCCCUGCUACUGUCGGCGGUCAUGAUGCUGCGACACAUGGAACUGAACCAGCAAGCGGACAAGAUCCAGAGCGCCUGCUUCGAAACGAUUAAGGAAGCAAAGUGGUUGACCGGCGAUCUGGGUGGUAAGGCCAAGUGUUCCGAGUACACCAACGCCAUCUGUGACAGAAUCAAGUAAAUGGUCCCUGCGGUUAUGAUGCUGGAGGCGAAAUGCGGGAAGGUUUUUACGUGCAAGACAACGGCGACGGAACACCCAUUUCCUGCCAUCGCCUACACCGCAUUAGCAUGCUGCUGGAAGCAUGCAUCCUUAAAAAAAGCCAUACACGGAGAAGAGCGAGCGAGUAAUAAUAGUGGCUGUUUCUAGUGAAUUACCAAGGGCAGAGUGAGCAGAAAAACACUAACUAGCGAACUAUUUAUUUGUAAUUUUAAAAGCAAACAAAAUCCUACAUACACACACAAACACACAGCCAUCGGUCCCGACGCACAGACCUGAGCGUAUGCGUACGUUUCUCUCCAAACGACAACCAAACAGCAACAAAAACAUCGACAUUGGCUUCUUAAGAUGGGAACCAGUAUUAGGAUGCAUCAGCAACAACCAACAAACGUCCAAAGACCGACGAAGUAUCGCGAAUAUGGAAACGACAUCCGAGCCUUUCCCCUGAAAACUGGAACGCAUACACAACCGCAUCACCACCACCAGCGUCCACCUGGUUUUCCUUGUUCCCUUGGUUUUGCGCCUACAGACAAUAAUAAGUGCAGCGUGGCCACUCAUCCUCUACCGAUACCGAGAGUAACGAAUGGGCUUGAACGGAUGGCAAAAGGGACAGAGAUGCGGUGUGGUGAUGGAGUUUCCCUGUAACGUUUUAUUUUUUCUGUUAAUUAGUCAUUAGCCAGGCGAGCGAUAGUGUUUAGUAGAUGAAUGGACUACGAAUAAACUUAACGGCGCAAAUCAACGA